GGAAGGGUCCUCAAAGGUCUAAAGUUAGACUGCCCUAGCUAAACCUUUACUUUCAUUCUCAUAAUAUCGUCAAAAUGCCACUCCACUUGCUAGGGAAGAAAUCGUGGAACGUCUACAAUGCCGACAACAUCGCCCGCGUCCGUCGCGAUGAAGCCGCCGCAAAGGUGGCCGAAGAAGCUGAAGAGCAGCGCAUGCAAGAGAUAGAUGCGCAACGGCGCUUGGCUAUCCUUCGAGGCGAGGUACCACCGCCGAUCGAAGACGAUGAACCAUCAAAGGACCAAGAGCCUCCCGUCCGUGAUCGCGAUGCGUCGCAAAGAACGAGUAUGCGACGAAAGCGAAAGCGACCAGGCGAGGACGAUACCGACUUUGAGAUGCGAAUAGCAAGAGAGAAUGACAACUCGGCUCUUGUACGAAUGGAGCCUGAAAAGAAGAGCACAAGUUCCGCGCCCAUCGUGGAUCAUAAUGGGCAUAUUGAUCUUUUGGGCGACGAGAAGUCUAGAGCUCAUGCUGAGAAGAAUGAGGAGGCUGAGAAGGAAGCAAAGAAGAAAAAGCAGAGCUACGAGGACCAGUACACGAUGCGCUUCUCGAAUGCUACAGGAAAGGAUGGCGUCCUUCGACCAUGGUACUCUCAAUCUGAUGUUGCAGCCCCUGAUGCUUCGUCAAAAGACGUAUGGGGAAACCAGGAUCCUAAUCGCAAAGAACGAGAUGCCAAGCGCAUAGUAUCUAAUGAUCCUCUCGCUAUGAUGAAGAAGGGAGCCUCCAAGGUACGAGAGAUAAAACAGGAAAGGAAGCGUUUCCAGGAAGAAAGAGAAGAAGAGCUGAAGCAAAUGCGCCGAGAUGAACGACAUCGUGAGAAACGGCGUAGAAGGCACCAUGAGAGAGAUAGGAGCAGAGAGCGGCAUAGAAGUCACGAGCGUGAUGAGGAAAGGUCUCCCAGUCGACAUGAGCGGAGACACAGAUCAAGAGAAGGAAGGCAUAGCCAUAAUGGACAUGCGGAUACACAAAGUCGAAGACAUGAGCGCCACGAAAGAGAAGGGUCACGGCACGAGAGGAAACGUUACGAGGAGAGUGGAGAACGAAGGGAGAGACCUCGAAGAGACGAUGAGUCUCGUAAAAGGGACUCGCGAUCUUCGGAGGGGGUUGGUCAUGAACGACGACGACACCAUUCUGAAAACUGAUACCUUAGCAUAAGAUACCCAUUUAGUGACUUUCACGGCUUGUGCCCUUUGACAUUUUCGUGUCCGAUUUACCUGCCUGUCAGUUAAGUAGAUACCUAGAAACUUUCACAAGGAGACUCAGUGCCCCUUGACGCACUUCAUGAGCCUUACUUGACCCUUCGCCUCGUGACUAGAGCUGAGGCCCCAUGUUUGAG